GUCACAACAGCGCUACGUGUCUGUCUCGCACAUUCGUUUCUACUUUGAUCAGUUCAGGGCGGAGAAAAGUUCUUAAUUUUCCGGCAUUUUUCGCGAAAAUAUCAGUGAAAACCCAUCAAAUCGGACACAAUGACGAACAUCAAAACUGUACUGGUCAAGUUCUACGACGACUACGCCGUAAACACACCGAAAAAGCUGAAAAUCGUAGACGCCUAUCUGCUGUACAUUCUGCUGACCGGCAUCACCCAGUUUGUUUACUGUUGUCUGGUAGGAACGUUUCCGUUCAAUUCGUUCCUGGCCGGAUUCAUCAGCACCGUGAGCUGCUUCGUGCUGGGAGUUUGCCUCCGACUGCAGUCGAAUCCUCAAAACAAGUCUCAAUUCCUGGGAAUCUCGCCGGAACGGGGCUUUGCCGAUUUUGUGUUCGCCCACAUUAUCCUGCACCUGGUAGUGGUCAACUUCGUCGGUUGAGCACUUUUGCCUUUCUAUUGGCUUCAAACGCGUAAGUCGGAAUGCACUUUUCCCAUUCAACUAUUUGUGUAAUCUUCAACUACAUUACCUAUCCAAAAUUAGUUUUAAAGCAAAAACCGCAGUAAGUUCUGUGAGUCACUGAAUAUGAUUGUACGAGAGUCCAAAAAAUAAAACUUCAAAAGCGAUAGCGGAAUGGAAGAUGCGAAUCUUCUAAAAAAAUA